CCUCCCUUUUAUGCCAACACCAACAACAGAAAAUGUCAAAAAUCGACCCUAAAAGUGUUCCCAUUGAAGAAAUGGAUACUAACAUUUUAUUUGAAAAGUUUACUAUUGAAGAAAUAAGAUCUAUAGAGAAGAAAACAAGGACAGACAUUGAAAGAAAAAAAGAAGACCUUAGGACUAUGGUUGGAGAAAGAUACAGAGAUCUGAUAGAGGCUGCAGAUACCAUCACUGACAUGAAGAAUAGUGCACAAAAUGUUAUGAGCUCUAUUGCUAAGAUGGAAGAUAUGUGUAAACAGUUGAAGGAACACCACAUGGUUAAAGGAUCAUCUUACCAUACACGGUCACAGCCAGACCAACUUCAGAAGAGGAAGAAAGAAGUGAAGUUUUAUGGAGUAGCCUCACAAAUUAAAUUAUUGUUAGAUAUGCCAGAAAAGAUCUGGAGUUCUCUAGAUGACAAGGAUUAUCUGACAGCGACCCGACAUUACCUAUUAUCUCGCCACAUUCAUACCAGUUUACAGUUGGAAUCCCAACACUCUUCAGACCUUCUGAGCUGGUUUCCUGUUCUCACAAGACAGUGGGCAGCUAUCAGUCAUUUUAGAUCAACCAUUCUGUCUGGAUGUAGAGGAACACUCAAAGAAACAUUUGCUGAUGACAAAUCUAUUGCUGAGUGUUUAUGUGCCAUUGUCCUGUUAGAGGAUAGUACACCUAGACAAGUCUUCAAUGAGUUUCUCCUUGCAAGAACUACCGCAGUACAACAACUGUUCCACUCCAGUCAACAAACAGCCAGUAUAAAGGACCAGAUUUGUACAGUGGUACAACUUAUUAUCAAAACUGUACAUCAAAUACACAGUGUGUUCUAUGUAGGAGACAGCACUUCUGAUAAAUUACAAAAUAACUUGCUGCUGUCUAUACUGAAUGAGGUAACAACAAAAAAACAGAAUGAGACUGGACUGCUUGAUUUACAGACAUCAAUAUCAUCUAAAUGUCUACCUAAGUCUGUCACAGAAUUUUGUCCAAGUCUGAGAUCACAUGCCAAUCCAGUUUCAGAGCAACAUUUACAGGAUAAUUGUCAACAAUGGAUUAACACGUGUAUAUCAGAUGUGACAACUGGUGUGGGAAAACUCUUGAAUUUUAUCAACACAGUAAAACGUCUGGCAGACAUAAGAGAUGCUGUGUGGGAACUUUUAUCCCAGGAUGAGAGUAUGAUUGGCUGGGAUACAGUUUGUAACAGAAUCAUGAACAGACAACUCUCCAUCUGGGAUGGUAUACUGAGGAAUUUGUUUGUGGACAGAGUCAAGUCUCUCAUCCAAUAUCAGCUAGAGUCAUCCACCGAAGUGACAAAACGUCAAGUAUCAAAGGUUGUCAUGGAAAUGGCUAAUACAGAAGAUAGUAUUGCAACUGCUGACACAGACCUGGCUUGGUAUGUUUGGAAUGAGACCUCUGGAGAUAUAGCACCUAAUAUGGCAUGGAUCCCCUCAACAGCAAGGUCAACCUCAGAUAACCCUGGAGGAUUGAUAAUGAAAGCUAAAGCCUUUACUCCUGUUGUUCAGAGUUUAUGUAAGAAUUUUGAUGAGAAGUUAAAAAGCAUGCUUGAUGAUGCUACAACAUACACACAGACCAGUGAUGAAAAACAGACAGAUGACAUGGCUUUUGAUAAAUAUUCUGACACUGACAAUAUAUACCUUCAUAUAAAGUCAUCAUGUCAUGAUUGUGUUAAAGGGUUGAUAGAACAUUUAAAUGAACAGUUGAAGUUGUGGGAGAAAUCAUUGAAAGAAAUAACCGAUGCCUUUACAAAUACAAUAACCAAAAACAGGGUAUUACUUGUAGGCAGACUAUGUACAGCUCUGUGUGAUAUGGUACCAUCUCUCCAAAACUGUAUCUUACGACAAAGUGAUCAGGCAAAAAUUAAGAAGGUGACGCCAAAGGGAAGCAAACCAGUUGAGGAACCAGUAUGGACAAAGGUCAAAGAGAUGUUAGCUAACUGUCAACUAGAGGCUUUCAGAAUUUGGGUUGAUCAUCUAUCAGAUGUUGUAUUGAAGGAGUUCAAAGGAGGACUUGUAACAGAUCAGAACUGUCAUAUAGUUACUAAUUGUACUAGAUGGGAUGAGGUUGAUAUACAAGAGGAAACAGAAGAUGGAAAAAAGAUAAAGUCUAAAAUAAGUGUUCCAAUGCAGCCAUCAUGGUAUGUUCAGGGAUUGGUGUUCACAUUAUGUCAAGAAAUAAACAGAGUUGGAGGCCAUGCUGUUACAAGGUCUAUUUUACAAAAGCUUGUUAACAAAGUUUCAGACGAAAUGAAGGACAAUUAUUUAGGGAUUAUACAUAAUAGUAAAAAUCCUAAAACAAAAGGUUAUGUCCCUUUACCCCAACAGAGGGCGUUACAGUUAUUGUUUGAUGUUAGAUUUGUUCUGUCUAUAUUCCCAAGGAAGGAAGAUUCAAAGGAAAAUAAACUUUAUCAACAAAGAAUGCAUCAGAUUAUUGAAGGAUUAGAAGAAAAGAUUGAUCCUUUUGAUUUAGAUGUGUUUACUCCAUAUAUACAAUCUCACUUAUUGAAACAGGCACAAAGAUCUGCAGUACUGUAUGGUCUAGUAACCAAUAUAGAUAGAUUAAGUAUGUAUGGAGGAGGUAGAACAUCAUCAAGUCAGCAAGAACAACAUAAUGUAUUGCCAUUGACUGUUUGUCAGAACAGAUUUACACUACUUCCACUCAGUACACAACCCUCAAGGUCAUCAUUGCCACAACCUGUGUUAAAACAACCAUUACAAAAGCCAAUUGAUUCUGGAAGAAGUUUAACAGAGACAGCUGCAGCUGUCCUACCACAAUCAUCAUUACAAAGUGACAUGACAAGUUCAUUGUUCAGUAAAGUCGGCAGUAUGAGUAGUAUGUCUGAUAUAUCAAAUUGGUUCAAAGGAUCCAAAUAAAUUAUAUCAAGUGAAAAUGUUGGAACUUAUUUUAUAGAAGAAAUCAAUUAAUGGCUAUGAAUAAUUUGAAGUAAUGAUUUACUUUCAUUUGUUGACAAGAUAUUGCACUCAUUACACUCUUUUAUGACAUCAAGAAUACAUUGUUUUUUGUUAUAAUCAGUUUUAAACUGUGAUUUUAAAAAAACUACUUUUUCAUGAAUGAAGUAAAAAAAAAAUGAUGUUUUUAUUUCGGUUACUAAUCUGAAUAAGGAAAAGUGAAAUUGAAAAAAAAGUCUAUAUCGAGCAGUUUUGAAGAUACAUGCCAAUGCAUAUAGUAUUGAUUUAAUCAUUUACCAAAGGAAAUGCAUUAAUUGCUUGUUACCCCGAUUAAAAAAAUAAAGUUUUUGAUGAACAGGAAUAAAGUAUUGUGGAAUUAAUUCUAUGCAGGUUUAAAAGAAAUUCUCUGUUCACUGAAAAUUUCCACCUUGAGAUGCCACAAAUCUUUGUGCACUGGUACAUUUAAGUUCAGAUGCAUGAUGAUGCAUACAGGAAAAUAUCAUAAGAAAGUAUAUAACAUAAACAAUAUCUGUCCAAAAUGACUUAUAUAAAUCAAAGUGUCUGUUAAUCUUAUUACUGGAUUAUACAGCUGAGAUCAGGAAGGGGGUAUAGUGCUGAUAACCUCUAACUCCCCUAUUUCGAGUGAAAGAGAAUUGGCUAAAUUUGAUAAAACAAUCAUGAAACAAGCUAGACUAGAAGCUUAUAAUGAAGUGGUGGUAAAUGACAAAUAUAUUUUUCUUUAAAUUGCAUUUGAUUCGUUAAUUUUUUUCAGUAGAAUGAUAGGCAAUGUACAAUAUAUUCAAGAAUUGAAUUUUGAUAAAAUAUGUAGAUCUUUAUUGCAUUUUUUUAUUGGAGUUACCAAAAUUCAACUAGUGCUUGAUCCUUAAAGAAGCUCCUCAAUAUUUAAACACAACAGAAAUCACACUUAUCUAAGUUGUUUUAGAAUUUUUGUUGUUAACAAAAUUAUAUACUAGUUGAUAUUUGUUUUAUAUUUAAUAUAAGAAAGCAUUGUGUUUGGAGUUGUAGCAUUACAAUUUAUUCAAAUAAUAUUAUUUUGAUUAUUGAAGCCUGUAGCCUGGAGAGUUUCUAUAUACAAUUUAUGUCAAUGAGAUUUAUUUAUAACAUUUUAUAACUAUUUUAUUUAUAAUGAAGAUAUUUAUUGUUUGUUAUUGGGGAAAUAAAAUGAUUGAAAUUGU